CGUCCGUCCGUCAUACGUAGCAUAUCAUUCACCCUCCCCUCCUCUUCCUCCUACUCCACUCAACUCAUCUCAUACACAAUGAAGCCACGGCCAAUGUCAAGGUUGAUAUCUUCAUCGACACGAUACUCAAAAUCCCACCCAAUUCUUCCCCACACCCAAAGACCCCCUUUCACCAUCUCCUCGCCAGCCGUGCUCUCCGCACUCCACUGCCACCAAUGGCCAACAAACCCCCAGAAUCCGUCCUCAACCCCUCGCUAUAGCUAUAACUACAACACCCUCCGCCACGCCUCCACCUCCACCGCAACCUCCACCACCGUCCCAGCAAAGAAACCCACCCAGAACCUCACCCCGCGCGCCCAAUGGAACCCCAAACUCAACCCACCGCAUGAAACCUACGCCCCGCCCAUUGACCUUCCCACGCGCUCCUCCUCCCAAUCCUACCCAAGCUACCUCCUCGCCUGCGGCCGUGCCUACAUCCAAUUCUACAAGACGGGCAUCAAGCACGUCCGCGUCUCCGCGCGCAUCGCCAAAGCCCUGCGGCAGAAAUCCGCCUCCGCGCAGCAGGACGCCAGCACGGUGCUCACGCGCGCGGAGUGGCAGACGGUCCGCCGCAGCAGGAAGGACAUGCUGCGGCUGCCGGCGUUCGCGACGCUCGUGCUCCUGUUCGGAGAGUGGCUGCCCUUGCUCGCGCUGUACAUCACGCCGCUGAUCCCGGAGCCGUGCAGGAUUCCAAAGCAGGUGGAGCGGGACAUGAGGAAGGCGGAGGAGAAGAGGAGGGAGCGGUUGCGGAGGCUCGGCGUCGAUGCCGCGAGGCUUGUGCAGGCUGAUCGGCGGGCGGGGGCGGGCAGUGGGCAAGCGACGGGUAUGAUGGUGGCGCCGAGGGCGGUCAAGUUGGAGGAUGUGGAUAGGUUGGAUCUGUACACUUUGCUUGGGAUCUCGGCGAGGUUGGACACGCAUUCGAGGGUGUGGGACUGGUUGUACGUGACUCCGCCUAAGCCGCUGCUGCGCUGGGGCGUGGGGAGGAAAUUGGCGUAUCUAAAGAAGGACGAUGGGCUGAUCGAGAGGGACGGCGGGUGGCAGGGAUUGGGGAAGGAGGAGGUGCUACGGGCUUGUGUAGAGAGGGGUGUGGAUGUUUUGAAGAAGAACGAGGGGGAGUUGAGGAAGGGAUUGGCGGAGUGGUAUGCUGCGGGUAAGAGGUGAUGAUGAUUCACGACAACGGGGGCUUCCCUUUUGUUCUGUAUGAUUAUGGUUUGUACUUUGGAGGAUGGAUUGGAAACAUGCUGUACGAAUAUGGAUGGACUACUACGGAAACACGAUCACAUUGUAGAGUGUUUGGUUAUACUUGGUUAUCAUGAAGAGGAUCUUCAAGAUUAGAAGUACGUACAUACGGAGCAUACAACCUCAAGACUUCUAGAUAUAUGUAAUUGUACUCACGACAAGUUGCGCUUU